GAGCCAUCAGAUUGGGAAUUCUCCUCUCUUCUCUCUUCUCCUCGCCUGAGUUGCGAUAGCGUGACAGAUUCUAGAACUGACGACGAUGGACAGGAAGAGGAAAGGGUCCCCGAUUCGGAUCUCUCGGCUGCCUGCUCUGACGGUGAAAUCGCCAGCUCAAGACGUCCCGUCUCUUCUCUGGUCUCCUCGAAUGGAGCUUCAACGGCCGGAUUCGCGAUGACUCGGCUUCUCGUGGCAGCGAGAACCAACGACGAUUGAUGUUGGUGACGAUGAUGUCGGUGACGCAGCGGC